AUGGCGCUAGAACAUCUGCGUGGUAUGAUGUCUGGUGUACUUUGGCGCCGUUGGGCGAUUUUUUGUCUCCUAGAACGAUCACGAAUGCGGGGUUCAGAUUGGAUGCCAGUUGCUGAUUUACGGUCGAAUGGGGUUUGGAUUUGGCCUGAGGCUUGGAGGGAUCUUUAUCCAGUUCUUAUUCAGCUGGACCAGGUGAACAUUGAUCCGAAUAAAAGUGAUAGGAUUGUGUGGCGAGAUGGUGAUCAUGUAAGUGACAUUUCUGCUUCGUGUGUCUGGAGUUCGAUUCGUUAUGCAGAACCAGAGAUUGAUUGGUGCUCUAUUGUUUGGUUCCCACAAUGUAUCCCGAGGCAUGCUUUCUUUAUGUGGUUAAUCAUGAGGGUCUGGCAUAUGGUUAGACAAAAGGUGGGCAUGGAUUUGGUUCAACCUAUAUGGGGGGAUGUUGUGGAUUGGCUGUCAGUUCGAGCCCGGUCGAAGUCAGCGGCUAAUCUUGUUGCUAGAAUUUUAGUUGCGGCUAGUGCUUAUGUGAUUUGGCAGGAGCGGAAUGCUAGGUUGUUUAAGAAUCAGUUAAGGCCUCCAGAAACUAUUAGUGUGACUAUCAUUCAAAUGGUUCGAUACAAGUUGAUGGGAGUGAAGCUGAAGAACACUGCUAGCGUCCAGAGGCUUCUUGGAGAAUGGGAGAUUCACAAACUUCACAGGGAUGUUGAUGGUGGUUGA